AAAUUCUGUGUUUAUGAAAUUUUAUUCACGCUUUAGGUUUAGCCUGCUUGAAACAGUCAAAGCAUUAUGUUAAACUGAUCAUCAACAUAUAUAUAUAUACAUAAAAAAACACAAUGGACGGAACUUUUACAAAAGAAGAAGCGGACGAAGAUGUUAAUAGCGGCAGUGAUGAAAGCGAAGAGGAAGACGAAGAAGAAAUACCGCCAAGUCGCCUUGAAUAUACAGAAGAAAGUGACGAUGCAGCCGAGUCUGGUUCUCUGCCUGCUGAGUCCGCAUCACUGGGUUCAGACAAAAAGGGGAAGACAGAAAAGAAGGCGGCGAUUGCUAAACCUUCGUUAUCUUCAACAUCAGGCACAACAGCCAAACGGCGUCCACCCUUUUUAGAGAUUAUUGUAGACGCGAUUACGGCAAAAGAUGAUAAAAAGGGUGCCUCAGCUCAAGCAAUCAAAACUUACAUACGUGAAAAAUAUCCAGACAUUUCCGAGAACGUUUUAAAGAAAAAUUUCAAGAGUGCAAUUCUACGGGGAAUCGAAAAUGAUACCCUGUUUAGACCAAAAGGAUCGCAAGACAACAAAGGUGCGGUUGGAAGAUUCAAAAUAAGUCCAGAAUAUCUGAAAGCCAAGGUGAAAAGCGAAAAAUUGAAGGAAAAACAACGCAAACAAUCUGAGAAAGCGAAGACUGACAAAGCAAAAACUGCGAGGAAAAAGAAAGCUCCAGCAAAGACUGUCAAUGGGAAAGAAUUAAAGAGUUUGAAAGAGAAAUCCUUGGCUGUUCAGGUCGCAAAAGAAAGAAUAAAAAAAGCCAGGAAGUCUAUGGGGCUGACACCGAAUGCCAAGCCAAAAGUUGCCCCGAAGAAAAAGGCGAGACCUCUAUCGAAAAAGGCAGCUACUUCUAAAUCGCCUAAAGUUGCCAAGUCUGCAAAACCGAAGCCAAAGGCAUCCAAGACAACAAAAGGAACCACCAAAGAGCCUGCCAAUAAAAAAUUGGCGUCGGCGGCUACAAAAAAGAAAACGACCAAAGCAAAAUGAAUGCCUGUGUUCGCAGUCUUCUUUCUUAUUGGGCGGAACGCUUUAUUCUAUUGAUUCCCCCAUUAGCUUGUUUAGCGAUAGAUUGUCCAUAUGAUAUGCACGUCCGCAAUACUUUUGUUGCAAACUCUCAAAUAUGUAGAAGCGAACAGCGGACAGAAAUUGUAUUUAUAUUAUCACUAGCUUUCUGUUGCAAGUCAUUGCAUCAGAUAAUUUAAUAGAUUGUGUAUAGAGUUCAUGUAUUACUGGUUUGGUGGUUUUCUAGGUUUUACUGUAAGGUGUUUAUACAUAAGUUAAUAAAACAAUAUCGCUUCAA